GAGUAUCUGUUGUAGAUGAAAGCAGGGGAAGAGCUUCAUUACUCUUCACUGUGCUCAUGACGAGUGAGAAUGUUUGGCAGGGUAUAUGCUAAAUAAAGCACAGGGUGGUCAACUUGGAUUUGUUCUCUCCAGAGAAAAGCCCAUUACUUCUAAUUCCUAUCUCCCCCACCCCCCACCACCACCCUUUUAUCAGGUUGGAAGUUAUAACCUUGAAUGCUGCUUUAUUUUUUGUGUGGGGUGAUGACAGUCUCACUCUGUCCUGGUGUGAGAAAUUCCUUGGGGGGAUAAGGAAGCUAAGAUCUAGGGGGUAAGUGGUGUGUGUGAGGGUGUGUUUCUACGGGAGGAUGAACAUGGGAAAAGCUGAACUUAGUGUUACUUUGGGUGGGGAGCUGAGCCAAGAAAGGGCAUCUUGGGUCAAGUGAAGUAAUCAGGAAGGACAAGAGAUGACAAGUUGGAUUGCGAGAUACGGGUUUGUGUUGAGAAAAAGUUCAGUUUUCGGAUAUAAAUGGAGAACAUGAGAUAAGGCCAAAGAGCUUUAUUUUAAAUCCAUAGGUUUUAUAGAGUUAAUGUGUGUUCAGCGUUGAGUUUUGAAACAUGGGGGCUACACCUGAUUUGGGCCAGUGGUACUGGAGUGUGAUCUUCGGAUCAGCGCUGGUCUGCAAACUUUAUACCAGUCCACAGUGGGGCAAGUGUACUAAUCAAGAGUAUUUAGAAACUAGCCACAAUUUGACAUUGCCGUAGUGCCCAGCACGUGAUUACUGCACUUGCGUUUCCGAGUAGAAUGCUGGCAGGUAUGGAUGUUGACUCCUAGGGCAAGUCGUGUGCUGGCAUUGUAUAGCACUCAAGCACAGUUACAGUGCGUGAUAUUUUAUGGCUAGUUUGUCUUCUGUAACUCAGAAAAAAUGUAAGCAUUUAUUUAUCUUUAUAACUUCAUUUUAAAACCAUUUUUAAAUUUUUAAUCAAACCUAGUUUUUAAUUUGUUUAACAUUAUUAGACAAAGGAGGAAAGUAACGUUUGUGUUUAUUUAUUUUUAAUCCUGAUUUUCAGAUGGCAAAACGAGCUUCACUGGACUUGUUUGUCAAGAAAAAACAUAGCCUUUCUGAAUCUGGGGGCAGGAGUAGAAGAAACGGUAAAGGUGGAAGUCAGCCUGAGGAAGUGAAAGGCAGAAGAGUUCACACAGGUUUCACCCGGAAAUAUGACCCCUCGUACAUUGAGUUUGGGUUUAUAGCUGUAAUUGAUGGUGAGGUGCUGAAACCACAGUGUAUUAUUUGUGGAGAUAUCCUGGCUAAUGAAGCAAUGAAACCAUCAAAACUUAAGCGGCAUUUAUAUUCAAAACAUAAAGAAAUGAGUUCACAACCAAAAGAAUUCUUUGAGAGGAAGAGUAGUGAAUUAAAGAGCCCAUCAAAGCAGGUGCUCAGUGUUUCUCACAUAAACAUUAGCGCCCUGCGGGCUUCCUACAAGGUGGCGCUGCCUGUGGCCAAGUCCAAGACGCCGUACACGAUUGCGGAGACCCUGGUGAAAGACUGCAUCAAGGAGGUCUGCCUGGAGAUGCUGGGAGAGUCGGCUGCCAAGAAGGUGGCUCAGGUGCCCCUGUCCAAUGACACCAUCGCCCGGCGCAUUCAGGAGCUGGCCAGUGACAUGGAAGACCAGCUCAUAGAGCAAAUAAAAGAAGCAAAGUACUUCUCGCUGCAGCUGGACGAGUGCAGAGAUAUCGCUAACAUGAUUGUUCUCUUGGUGUACGUGCGGUUUGAACACGAUGAUGACAUAAAGGAAGAAUUCUUCUUUUCAGCCUCUUUGCCAACAAACACAACUAGCUCAGAACUGUGUGAAGCUGUGAAGAAUUAUGUCGUCAACAAGUGUGGUCUGGAACUUCAGUUUUGUGUAGGCCUGUGUUCUGAUGGUGCGGCUUCGAUGACAGGGAGACGGUCCGAGGUGGUGGCCCAGAUUAAGGAACUUGCGCCGGAGUGUAAAAUAACACAUUGCUUCAUUCAUCGAGAGGGUCUGGCCAUGAAAAAGAUAUCAGCUGAACUAAAUAGUGUGCUUACUGACACAGUAAAAAUUGUGAAUUAUGUAAAAUCUAAUGCAUUAAAUUCGAGAUUGUUCUCUUUGUUGUGCGACAAUAUGGAAGCGGAUCACAAGCAGUUGUUACUGCACGCGGAGAUGCGGUGGUUAUCACGGGGGAAAGUUCUAUCAAGAAUGUUCGAAAUACGAAACGAACUCUUAGUGUUUCUGCAAAGCAAGAAGCCAGUUUGGUCCCAACUUUUCAAAGACGUGAAUUGGACAGCCAGACUUGCUUAUUUAUCUGAUAUCUUCAGUAUUUUUAAUGAUCUUAACGUUUCCAUGCAAGGGAAGAAUGCAACAUGUUUUUCAAUGGCUGAUAAGAUUGAAGGACAAAAACAAAAGUUAGAAGCUUGGAGAAACAGAGUUUCUGUGAAUUGUUAUGACAUGUUCCAUAAUUUAACAACAAUUAUCCAUGAAGUAGGUAAUGACCUUGAUAUUGUCUAUCUGCAAAAAGUUAUCAAUGAACAUCUUACAAAUUUGUUAGAUUGUUUUGAAUUGUAUUUUCCAUCGAAAGAAGAUCCACGCAUAGGGAACUCAUGGAUCCAAAAUCCAUUCCUCUCAUCAAAAGAUAACUUAAAUUUAACUGUCACCCUGCAGGAUAACUUGUUGAAGCUGGCUGCUGAUGAAGGACUGAAAAUGAAUUUUGAAAAUACAGCAUCACUUCCUUCAUUUUGGAUAAAAGUUAAAAAUGAGUAUCCUGAGCUUGCUGAGGUUGCUUUAAAAUCCCUUCUUCUGUUCCCCUCAACGUCCCUGUGCGAGACCGGGUUCUCGACUUUAAGUGUCAUUAAGACAAAGCACAGAAACAGUUUGAAUAUACAUUAUCCCCUGAGAGUAGCAUUGUCAUCCAUCCAGCCCAGGUUAGACAAACUAACAAGCAAGAAGCAAGCUCACUUAUCACAUUAAAAACUUAAAGGUAUUCAGUCAAAGUGUGCAUAUACGCAUUACGGAAUACGAAAGUUAUUAAAAUAGCAAUUCUCUAUAUAAAUUGUAUGUAUACUUUCAGUUACGUGUACAGUUUUUAUAAUUCUUUUCUUGAUAUAUUUCUUAUAUUUAUUAAAAUGUAAUUUUAAAUCUGUUGUUUCUAAUAUUAAAAAAUUUUGGUCUUGUAUUUUGUAUGUCUUUGUUAUUGUUGUGUUUCAUCAGGAUAUGAAGAUUGUAGGACGACUUCUGGAUGGCAGUGAUUUCUCUGAAGUGGCAGAUUAGAUCAGUGAGGGGAAGUGAACUUAAGGCUGGAAUUGGAAUCUGAGUGUCCUGGUGGUCAGGUGGGAAGCUAAUGUUAGGUUUCCUUUGUUGCUGCAUGUUUACACACAGUGUUUACGUGGUGAGGACAGGGAAACACCUAUCAUAGUGUCAUAGUGAUGAGUUUAGGUCAGGUACAGACUUUUAGAUUUUGCUUGAGCCGAUUGCUGUUCAGGUUCUCUGGGACAGAGCCAGGAAUGACGAGCUCUUCAGGUAGAUUUAUAACCUCUACGGUGCGGAGAUGAUUCAGAAAAAUGGCACACAUAUCUGCUCUCCUGUCUGCACUCACUCGGAAUUGUGGAAAACAGACUGUUAGCACAUGGCAGUUUCUUUAGGGUAAAAACAUGCCAAGAUCCUUGAGGAAAAUGAAUCUUUUCCUAGACAGAAAAGCAACAUAACAGUAAGUGCUUAUUUUCAAAGAAAUGUAACAUUGAAAGUUGAAGACGGGAAAGAGAUGUAGUCAUACGAAAUGUCACUAAUAUUUUAUUGAUUAAAAAGUUUCAUUGGAAUGGAUCCCAAAAAUGUUAGAAAGCAGAGGAAACAUUUUUCACAUUCAAUUCUGAACCUUUAGUAGGAUUAUAUUUUAUUGUGCAUGUUUGAUAAAAUCUUACAGCUUCUCAAAAAAAGUGGUAUUGGUGGAUAGAUAUAUGCAACAAUGGUUUAAUUUCUUCCACCUACAUUUUAUGUGUCCUGUCUCCUAUCUGACUAUAUUUUGGAACUAAGGGACUUACAUUUAAAACAUUUUACCAUUUGUUUUAUUGAUUGAAUAAAGUAUUGUGCUUCCAAUUUUCAAAAUUAAAA